CGGGCCGGGACUGAUAACAGAGAUCCGAGAGUGUCCAGUGUGGCGACUCGGACGGCCAGUCUGUCCUGCCGCAGGCCCCAGGCGAUUGACACCCAGUGGCCUGAACAUGAAGACGCUGCUGCUGCUGCUCUCUCUGGUGGCCUCGGCCAUGGCCGGGCUCUCGCUCAACGCCAAUGACCCGGAAGACAAAUGCGGCGGUCUUCCCUGCGCCAAGAACUACCGCUACAUCGAGGAUUGCGCCACGGCCAUCCGUGACCAGAUCACCCGGGAAUUGGACGCCUCCAUCACCUACCUGGCUGCGGGGGCGCACUUCGCCCAGGACAACGUCAACCGUCCGGGCAUUUCGGACAUGUUCUUCGACCACGCCGGCGAGGAGCGGGGACACGCCUUCAAGCUGGCCGACUACCUGCUCAUGCGUGGAGACCACAACACCAACUACCUGCAGGCUCGAUACAGCAGCAAGCCGCUGAAGGAUACCUGGAAGACUGGCAUCGAGGCGCUCACCGACGCGCUGAACAUCGAGAAGGCCGUGACCAGACACUUCACCAAUAUGAUAAAAGUCUGCGAACUUGACUGGCAUGCGGCCGACUGGCUGACGGCUGAGAUGCUGGACGAGCAGCACAAGGGGGUGCGCGAGUUCACAGGCCACAUCACCACCCUGCGCAAGAUGCAGCUGCUGCAGCCCAACCUGGCCGAGUACAUGUUCGACCAGGAGCUUCAGAGUGACCACUGAGCGCCGAGCGGGCGCGAGCUGGAGUCAGGAUAAGAUCGAGAUCGAGAUCAGGACGAGACCGAGAUCGAGAUCGAGGCGAGGGAUCGGGUCGUGAUGGUCGGUCCAGAGAAGAUGAAAGCGGUCUGUGUGAGGAUUCCACGCUGAUGGAAGGGUGUUGCAGACGAUAGAUAUAGCAUCGGUGUCAUUGCCACGUCAUAAUACACGGUGUGACUUUA